AGCCGCGACAUGUUAUCUAAAUUACAGGGCCGGGCUGAAUUGUUCGAUGGAUCUGAGGCCGAGGUCGACUUUGACCGCGCAGCCUACUUUCACUCUGAGCUCAGGCCGCUCGUCGACACACACAAACACGACAGAACUGCAGGAUGAUUCACAUGAAGUUCAGGCUCGUCUUGAAACUUCAGCUCGGUGACCUCUUGCAUCGGAGCGUGGUCCUCCUUCUCCUCCUGCACUCCUGUGGAGGUCAGUCUCAGGUGACGGACACAUCUCAGCCAUUAGUGUCAACGGUUGGUGAUGACGUCAUUUUACCAUGUCACAUGGAACCGGCUGUGGAUGCCAGCGACCUGACUGUGGAGUGGGCCAGAUCUGACCUUGAUCCCAGAUUUGUCCAUCUGAGGCGAGACGGUGUGGAGCUUCUGCCAAAGGAGCAUCCACUGUACAGGGGGAGGACAUCACUGUCCAUCAGCAAACUGAAGUGUGGAGACGUUUCACUGAAACUCUCCAAGGUGAAACUCUCUGAUGAGGGAACAUACAGAUGCCGCGUUCCCCCAUCCAGUGCAGAAUCUGUGGUAAAGCUUUCUGUAGGUUCUGUCUCCUCACCUGAAAUCAAGAUUUCCAAAGUCAGCAACGGGGUGAAGUUAGAGUGUAAAUCUGAAGGCUGGUAUCCACAGCCUGAGGUGUACUGGCUGGACGCUGAGGGAAAACUCCUACCUGCUGAACCUGCAAAGGCAGUCAGAGGUCCUGAUGGUCUCUAUGCUGUCAGCAGCAGAGUGACUGUGGAGAAGAGACACAACACCUUCACCUGUAGAGUCCACCAGAGGAACAUCAGCCAGACCAGAGAGACACACAUCCACGUUCCAGUUGAUCUCUUUAUGGUCCAGUCCAGUUCUUCUGUUCGCAUCUCCAUCUGCUCGGCUGUGUGCUUCCUGUUUAUUGUCGCCUGUUUCUUUCUUUUGUGGAAAGGGAGACAAACAAAAAUCAAGACAGAAAGAAGCAGACUGGCAGAAAAUGAGAAGAAGUAUCUGGAAAAGGUGAAGGCAAAACUUCUCGAGGAGUCACAGAAGAAUGAGAGAGAAUCACAACAUGUACGAGAGGUGAUUGAAGUCCUGACGGAGCAGAAGGAGAAUCUGAAGAACCAGAGAGAGAAACUGAUCUCACUACAGAAGGAGGACCUGAUACAGGAAGCAGAGCUCGAGCAGAAGCGGAGAGAUAACAAAAUGUUUAGGUCAGACAUUUCAACACAGAUUGAAAACACCAAACAGAGAGCAACAGAACAUGUAGAACUGUUGAAGAACACAGAGACACAACUAGAGACAACAGAGGAUCUGAUUAUUAGAAUGAAAGAAAGGAAGGCAGAGCUAGACAAGGACCAGGAGCAAAUAAAGAAACACCUGGAAGAGACAGAAAGACAGAUAGAAGAGAUUCAGAGGAAACCAAAGACAGAGCAGUGAGAGAGAAGAGGAGAGACAUGAUCCAUCAGCCAAUGAGCCUCGACGAUCGUUUGACUUCAAAAUCACACAACUGACAAACAUUUAGAAAUCUUUUGCCGUAUUUGUUGUAAUUUCAUGUGAGGCUUUUCUUCACUGACACUUUGUGCAGCACCUGUGAUUCAAUAAUCCUCAAUGAUU